GCUCGCUGGGGAAGGUCGACGGGGGCCGCGCGCCCGUGGGCCGCCCGUGUCUGAGCGCUGCCCGGGCCGACGGAGCCGGGACUGCAGUGACAGAGGACAGAUUUGCCAGAGACCCGUCUCGGAGGGGCCACAACUUGGGGGCGCGCCGGGCUAGAGGCAGGACGCGGGCAGCUGCUCGGCUUCUGGACGUCGCCCUCGCGGCCGCCGCAUCGGGAUCCUCGCUUCCAGUCGUCGGGGGCCCUUCUGACCGCGCCGCUCGCCACGAGGUCGGGUGAGCGGACCACGCCGCCACCGCACAGAGGAGCCCCCACUGCGGACGCUGAGCGGCUCCGCCCGAGGCAGCGGAGCGCCGGGCCCACCGACCGCGGAGGGAAGCGGCACCGGAGGAUGCCCAGGCUCGUGCCGGGGCCUCUGCGCAGCGGGACUUUGUAGGGUGCCAGUCUCGGGACGGCCGCCCGCCGCUCGUUGGCGCCGAGGAAGGCGAGGCCGCGCGGGACAUGCCCCUGGCGUAGCCCGGCGGAGGUAUGGCUGCCGGCAGGCUGCUGCUCUACACCGGCCUCUCGCUGGCGCUCUGCGCCCUGGGCAUGCUGGCCGUGGCCAUCUGCUCCGACCACUGGUACGAGACGGACGCGCGCAAGCACCGGGACCGGUGCAAGGCCUUUACCACGCGCCGCGUGGACCCGGGGUUCAUCUAUAACAACAACAACAACCUGCCGCUGCGGGCCAGCCGCGCGCGCCUAGACCGCUGGGAGGGCAAGCUCCUGCGCGCCCGCAACCGCCGCCAGCUCUUCGCCAUGAGCCCAGCGGACGAGUGCAGCCGCCAGUACAACUCCACCAACAUGGGCCUCUGGCGGAAGUGCCACCGCCAGGGCUUCGACCCCGACAUCGCCGCGCUCAUCCGCAAAGGAGAGAUUGAGCGGUGUACAUACAUCAAGUACCACUACUCCUCAGCCACCAUCCCCAGGAACCUCACCUUCAACAUCACGAAGACCAUCCGCCAGGAUGAGUGGCACGCCCUGCACCUGCGCAGAAUGACGGCUGGCUUUAUGGGCAUGGCGGUGGCCAUCAUCCUCUUCGGCUGGGUCAUCGGGGUGCUGGGCUGCUGCUGGGACCGAGGCCUUAUGCAGUAUGUGGCGGGACUGCUCUUCCUCAUGGGAGGGACCUUCUGCAUCAUCUCACUGUGCACCUGUGUGGCUGGGAUCAACUUUGAGCUCUCCCGCUACCCACGCUACCUGUACGGACUCCCCGACGACAUCAGCCACGGCUACGGAUGGUCCAUGUUCUGUGCAUGGGGGGGCCUGGGCCUCACUCUCAUCUCGGGGUUCUUCUGCACCUUGGCCCCUUCUGUCCAACCUGUCCCGAGGACCAACUGCCCUAAAUCCAGACCUGAGAAUGGGACAGUGUGCUAAAAAAAAAAAAAAAAACGAAUGCUCAAACUACACACACACACAUAUAUAAAUAUAUAUAUAAUAUACAUAUAUAAAACAAAACUAAAUCAAAACAAUGCCAGGGCCAAGGUAGCGUUGAGUUGGCUCCGGCACCCGCAUCUCCGCCCAAGUUUGUGCUGACUCAUCACCGAGAUGGGGAAAGCUUUCCCGUCGUGUGGCUCUUCUACCCAUUCUUAACUUUUGGCUUCAUCGUUUCUUGAAGACAGAGUGAACGUCACCCCCUCAAUGGCCUCUCCAUUCCUGUCACUCACAGGAAUGGGGUGGCGGGCUGAGAAGGGACAGUGCGGCGUUGUCUGAAGCAGCCCAAUUGUAGAGAAGGACGUGCCAUCCAUUGAGCCAACAGGAGAGGACACCAUCCCCACCAGUCCUGUCACCAAGAAACAAAGCCCUUAGUCCAUAGAACGUAGCCCCCACCUCUGAGGCCACUUCAGAACCACGUCUUUUCCUGCUCUUCCUGUUCUGAUGUCCUUCCUGGCCCACCAGCGACAAACAAGACUUGGAAGAGAAAGCAAACUGAAAAGGGAGUUUUCUCUUUGCUGCCAAACUUUCCAACAAAGUUUUAGAGGUGAGAGAAGAUGCACAUCAAUAAGUGGACACCUCAGUGGAUGCUCAGAAGACCCCGUCUUAUCUUCCAGCUGCCUUACACCCAGGUUCACCAAGAGGCUGCCCCACCCCGACCCCCACCUGCACUCCCUGGGCAGAUAGGAGCCUUGGAGUAAUGCUGUGAUAUGUGUAUGUGUGUGUGUGUGUAUGUGUGUGACCACGUUGGGUGGUUUUCCUUCUUUUCUCCUCUACCUUUUCAAUGGAAUAUUGCAUCAGGACUGUUUUCACUGUCAUGUGAGGUGGUUUCAUGCCCCAAGAUGGAGGCUCAGAGACCUGGGAGGUACCAGGAUGGGCAAGCCUAAGUGGGUGCCAAUUCUGCAGCUAUGGAUCCUUGGUGUGAGUGUGUGUGUGCGUGUGGUGGAUGUGGGGUUUUAUUGUUUGGUUUGCAUUUUUCUAUUAUUUUUAGUACAGCUCAAAUUUCCAGAGGGCAGAACCAAGGGGGAAAAAGCCACUGGGCCUGAGGACCCUGGGGCUCUUCAUGUCACAGUUCUGGGACUCCACAGGAUUGAGUGCUCUAACUUUGGACAUGCAAGACACGGCUGGGCACAAAAACCACGACAGAAGAAGGGGUGCAAGGUUGAGGAGGCGCGUCUCCCUGGUUGCUGUCGUACAAGUACGUAUGCCAAACGAGACCUCUUGCUCCCCGUCACUGGGAGCCAUCCUCUCUCCCUGGACAGCUACCCCUUUCCUCUGGGUGACCUUUCUGUACAGGUAAAAGAAAAUGGGCCACAUACAGAGAAAGGAACUCCGUUCCCCAUGGGCUUGCAUUUGUAUGAUAUUGUGUAAAUUCAUGGAGAAUUCCGGACUCUUUCCAUCUUCCGCCUUUUCCUCUUGAUGUUCAAGGCCAUGCAUCCCAAAAUAGCCGUCUCAGUGGCUGGGACCCAAACACAGGUGGGAUGAAUUCCCCCACAUGGUCUCAGCCUGGUGGAGCCAAUUGGUACUGCAGGUGCUGGUGAGCGGAGCCGUUGGCAGGGGGUUGUGCAGCUCUAGGGGCGGGGUCGGCCAGUGAGAGCAAGCCUCGGAGAGACGAGGCCAGGUCCCCGAGCUGACCUAGCCAUGCACCAACCAGGUAGCAGGGACUUCAGCUGCUUCAUAAAUAAAUACGCUCUAGGAAGUCUCACAAGCCCCACAGCUUUCCUUACCACCCCGCACUCCUCCCCCCCACCCGUCUCCCAGCGUAGCUUCCCACCCACCGCACCUUUGCCCACCUCCUGACCGCUCACCUUGCCCCUCUGUCCCCUCCUCUGCUCUCUGCUGGCUCUGUGGGAGACACACUGGAUAUGCAGGGCUCAGGGCACGUGCACCUCUGAGGUGUGCCUUAUGUCUGUUUGUGUAAGUUUGUACCUGGAUGCAGGUGGGGGUGUACCACUCAAGACUGCCAUACCAGGGACACUGGCCAGGUGUGGGCGGGCUGGGAGAUUGAGAGUGGCAACACUUGGCUUCCACUUGAGGGCCUGGGGCUGUUUGUAAACGAUGGAUUUAUCCUAUGAAGAAGGGAAAUCAUUUUCAGGAAACCCCGGCUUUUCAAUUGUACAAGGAAAUUGUUCUUUCUUAUUUUCUUUGAAAAGUAGUUUUCCUCCGUAAGGGGUAAGGCAUUCUCAGGCUGGAGGAAGAGUGAAAAGAAGUAUCUCGGACUGAGAGGCCGGUGCUUUCACUCAGUGUCUUGGGAUGCACUCUGCCAAGGCGAGGAGAACCAUUUGUCCACACGUACCUGUUUGUGGGCAGAGGCCUUGUCUGGGCCCAGACCCAAAUUCCAGCUCUUUCCAGUUACAGGAAAGUGAAAAAAGAUCUAAACGGGGCAAUUUGGUAUCAACCGUUGAAACUUUCCUUGAGUAACCAGGUGUGGACACUGGCUCUCAGGCAUCAAGAAUACCCUCUUCUUUUAUUCCUACCUGCCAAAGGUGGAUCAAGUUACCUUUAUAGCAGACCUUCAGCAAAGCCUACUGCACCCCUUCCAGACAUGACCAUCCCUGAAGGGUGAAGAGCCUCCUAGGGACAGAGGAGCCACCUGGGCUCAGCUCACCCUCAGCAGGGAAGGGCUUGGGGGGCUUUGUGAUAGUAGACCAGAUGGGCACACAGAUGCCCACUCUGGGGGCCAAAACACUGCCCAUUGGCUGGCCAGGAUAGAGGCCCUGUAGCGAAGUGAGCCCUGGCCAGCAGAGGAGCCAGGCCACAGAUGGAAUGCCACCCCAAGCAGUUACUCUGGCUUUCCUGCUGUGAAGUGUCUGAGGAAGGAGGGAAGGGAGAGAAGAGAAAGGGGCCUCACCUUGUGCAGCUCUCUAGGCCAGACCCUGUGAACUCCAAACCCAAGUAGGACCCAGCCUUCUAGAAAUUUAGGGUCAGGACCUCAUCAAAGCACCCAGGCCCCACCCCAGGUCAAGUUCAGGUUCCUUACAGGCGUGUGCAUGUGAACUCUGUGACCAUGUUUGUGUUUGGAGCUCCAAGUUGUCCAACUUGAGUAUGGAACCCAUUCCAACUUUGACUUCCCUCCCUACUAGGUUGGGAAUUCAGGAAAGUGGGGUGUCUGCCUGGAGAGGGGUCUCAUUUCUUUGUCUCCUCAUUGGGGGAGUUAUGAUUUCUUCUGUUCACUUCUCUCUCUCCAUUCACAUCUACUUCUCUUUUCCGUCAACUGUGGGCCAUUAAUGUAGUUAAGUCAUUCUUCUCUAGAGAGGCCCAUGGACUCCAAGUAGCCCCCUUGCUGGUUGCAGCUGUUGGUUUCAUAAGGGAGUCUGAGGCUUCCCUGGAAUCAAAAUAUUAAAAAAUGGGCCUGUUUCAGCUUCAGCCCCCCCAUAAGCCCCAUCCAUCCAACAACUCUACCCUUUCAGCUUCAGCCCCCCCAUAAGCCCCAUCCAUCCAACAACUCUACCCUUUCAGCUUCAGUGAUCAUGAAGGCAGGGGCUGGACCACUCUACCAAACCAAGACCAAGUCUUUCUCAAUCACACAGCAGGCUGGCCCUGGUGCCGUCUUGGUCUUUCUCCUGUAGGCAGUGAGUAGCUCCAUCUGGCAAUGCUUGCCUUUCAUUUGGGAAGGAGAAGAGGAUGUGGUGAGAGUUUGAGACUGGGCUCUGGGCCCCGCAUCAUGUUCAUCCACAGGAAUGUCAGGAGGCCUAAAAGCACCCCCUGUUUUUGGCCUGAUUUGGUGAGAGGAUGUGUUCCCUAAGGCUCUAAACCUACCCACCUGAGUCAAAUUCAGAGUAAUGAAGCCAAGUACCUCAUUCAAGGGCAUUUAGAAUGGUCUGUCUUUGCCUAGCUUAUUCUGAGUUAAUUAAACGAUUCCCAAGUAAGUGGGAAGAGUGGGUAAGCAAGGUGUGCACGGCCUUAUUUGUGCUUACUCAUCUAUAGUGCCCAUUUUCACCUGUUUUCAUCAUGUGAGAUUAUGCACUGCAGAUGAGUAAGUAAACACAAUUAAGCCUGUGCAUACCUUGCUUACUGGUUAAUCCACCCCUGCUGGUGGAGUUUGUGUUGGAUGCUUGGUUCAUCUUUGUAGCUAACUGAGGCCACUGUGCUGCUUAGACCCCUCCCUCUGCUCCUGGGACUAAGUGUCCCAAUGGACACUCUCUGCCCUUCCCAGGGAAAGAUGCUGAGUCAGGGUGAGUAGGCUUAACCAGAGGUGGAGAUGAUUGACGUAUACCGGCCAGGCUGUCUUUCCUCUCUGCUGACUCCCAGCUGUAUACAAUUGAGUCAGGGACCAAUUUGUAAAGAACCCCCCCCCCCCGCCCCAGUUCAUGUACACAAAGUGAUGCUGAUGUCCCUCAAAGCGGUCAACCCUGGGGUCUCUCUACCCCCUUCCCGGUGAGGCUGCUGUGGUGCAAAAUGUUUCUGAAACAUUAUCCUUAGCUCUUAGAAGACGUACUUACAGGCUAUUGCAUUUUUUCCCCUGAGUAAUACAUGCUCAUUGUAAAAAUUAGAAAAAUAAAACACAAAAAGGCCUAAGAGAUUGUUCAUAAUUCUAUCACUGUGGGCAUCUGUGGGGGAGCUGAUCAUGAUGGCCGUAACCCCAAAGGUCCUCCAUCAGUGAGGGUCUCUGGGCUGCCAGGAGGGCUGUCCAUGGCCCAGAUCACACAGUCCACAUGGCAUUGACUCUGUGUCCUUGGAAGCAGGAGAUAGGAUUCAGAAUCCCCGAGGAUAGCCAAGAAGCCCCUGAAAGCUGAAUGCUAGAGGUUAGGGGCAGGUGGGGAGUGGGGCUAAAGGAUCCCUACUUUGGGGUCUCUUUUCAACUCCUUGGUUUUUUGUUUUUUUCUUUUUUUUUGGUGCCAUCUCAACCUAACAAUAGGCAGAGGAGCACUGAAGCCAAACCACUUGCUAAGUAAGCCACCCUCACACGACGUGGUCACCGCACACUGCAUCUCAGCUCUGCGCGCACCUGCCGCAACCCUGGGUGUUGUGUCCUUUCCAUACUUGAACUUCCUCAUUGCAGAAUGAGGAUAUGCUAACACUUUACCUCACGGCUAUGAAGGGUGACAAAGACACUGCCAAGCGAUGUGCAAACAUGGCGUGUCGUGAAAUGACGCACCUCUCAAACCACCCUGCAGCGCAGAGCCCGGGGCCGUGUCCAGAGCGGGACUCUUCCACAUCCUUCCUGUGCCUCGCUGCUACACGGAUAAUCCCGAGGG